AAAGAAUUUCUUGAUCCGACAUCAUGACAUGUUUAAAACAUGCACCUAAGGAAAUCAAAUUACAUGGAAAGAAUUCAAGAAUUCAAAAAAAUAAUGUAAUUUUCAUUUCAAAAAUUUUGAAAUGAAAGAUUCUAUGAGGGGGAGUGGAUGGGUCGGAGACAGGUGGGAAGUCCACAUUGGCAGACAGACAAGUACAAGUACAUAAAGCGCUCACCUCCAGAGUCCACAUUCCGUAGUUACAUACCUAUCCUAGGAAAAACAAAGUCUUGCCAUGGCGUCUGAGAAAAUAGAUGGAUUUACGUUGGAGCAAAGGCAUGGCAAAGCGCGAGUGAGGUUGGGUAGGGUUUGGCGAAGCCAAAGCGGCCGUCAUAUCUUCGUCGAAUGGACCGUCAGCAUCAGCCUCCUCUCCAACUGCCUCGCCGCCUACGUCCGCGACGACAACUCGGACAUCGUCGCCACCGAUUCCAUGAAAAACACUGUUUAUGCAAAAGCAAAGGAAUGUGCUCAACAACUUUCAAUGGAGGAGUUUGCAAUUAAACUUGCCAAGCACUUUACAUCAUUUUAUCAGCAGGUUACCACUGCCAUAGUCACAGUAGAGGAAAAGCCAUGGGAGCGUGCAUAUAUAGAUGGUCAACCACAUGAUCAUGGAUUUAAACGUGGAUCUGAGAUGCAUACAACAGAAGUAAUAGUGGAGAAAUCUGGAGCUUUACAAGUGACUUCUGGUAUUCAAGGCUUGGCUUUGUUGAAGACAACUCAGGCAGGUUUUGAAGGGUUUAUUAGGGACAAAUACACUGCUCUGGCUGACACACGAGAAAGGAUAGUCGCAACAGAGGUCACUGCAUCUUGGAGGUAUCCUUUUGAAUCUCUCUCUGGCAUCCCCUUGCAGCCAUUGUACUUUACAGAGAGGUACCUGGACGUGAAAAAGGUUCUGGCUGAAACCUUUUUUGGCCCUCCAAGAGGGGGAGUAUACAGCCCAUCUGUUCAAAGCACUCUUUACCAAAUGGCAAAGACUGUGCUCAACAGGUUCCCUGAUAUCUCAUCAAUUCAAUUAAAAAUGCCAAAUCUCCAUUUCUUGCCAGUUAAUAUAUCAAGCAAAGAUAAUCCAGCUAUUGUGAAGGUAGAAUUACUAUCUACUAACACUCUUGUGUGGCUGUGUAAUUAUUCUGAUGAGAUGCAUCCAUUAUUACAUUACAAGUUGCCAAGAACAGAAAAUAUGUUCAAGUGGAUGAGAAAACACUUCAGAUAGUGUGUUUUAGAUCAAGAUUUUUAUCCCUAUAGGAGGGAGGGAAAUUCAAAAGUCAAACAAGAGACACUACUAUAGUGGUGACCAAGAUUUAUCUAGAUCUGGGCAUAGUUCGCCAUUAGACUUCUUGGAUUACUUGUCAUAGGUGUUGCAAAUGGGCAGAUUUAGGAUGUUCCCAUGGAUUUUCAGAUUUUCUAUGUACCUCUAUGGGAGUUAUUCAGUCACCAACUCGACUGGAAAUGCCUUAAUUAACUACUUGGUAUGAAUGUGAUAUAAGUUUUGCCUAUACAAAAAAGUAUGAUUUGAAGUGUACGAUUAAGUUCAAGUCAAGGAAGGGGUUGAGACAAAAUUGGUAUUAUGAGAAUGGAAGUUGGAUACUAUUUUUGGUUCUGAAUUCCAUAUACGUACUCUACUGAUAUACUAACCAAAAUUUAUUGUGUUGCUAAAUGGUUGUAAUUUUGGAAAUUGAUGUGGUCCCCUACCACCAAUGCAAGUAAGCCUUCUGAGCUUGAAAAUAAGGAAGAACUUUAGCUUCUUUUUUUUUUUUUAAUUAUAUUUGGCAAAACAAGGAAAAAAUUCAUGGAUGAUUGGAGUUACUAUAAUGUGAAUGUUGGGUUGAUAUUUACACUAAGAUACAAUACUCAUACACUCUUCUGAAUGGGUUUUGCAGUUUGAUGAUGAUGUGUACUUACCAACAAGCGAGCCACAUGGAUCGAUUGAAGCGACGGUGAGCCGCAUCAGGGCAAAGAUGUAGAAGCUGCUGUACCGGCAUCCCUCAAAAGGGAAAGCAGCUGUUGUAAAAUUUGGUUUGUUUCUAAAUAAACCUGGUGCAGCCUCUGAGUUACUUAUGGAGGACUCUGCAUUUACCUUGGAGACAUGGCCUGAAACCAUAAAUCUUUAGAUAAAUAAAAUGUUGUAAUAUGAACAAGAAUAUUACUUUGGUUGAUGUGACGAUGUUUGAGUUUUUCAUGAUGAAAGAUCAUAUCUAGAUCCUCAUGGUUCUUUUA